AUGAGAACAACAAAUAAUGGGCAUAGCCAUGGAGGGUACUACAGGAGAAGGUGGGCUAAUGUGUAUGUGCCCAUGUCCAUAAUAGCAUUGGUGUGUGGGUGUGGGCUGUUGUUGGGUGUGGUGGGUCUACAGAGGCUCAAGGAGAGACGCCUUCUCGACCGUUUGAUCAAGGAGAAAGAUGGCCAAAUCCUCUCCCUUCAUCUCCUCCUCCAGAAAGAAAAAGACCACUCUCAAGAAAUCAAGAGGAAAACAGAGGAGAUGAGGACCAAAAUGUAUAACCUUCGUGCCCGAAACACGAACCUCAAUGCCCGCAUUUCGAGCAUGCAGUCCGCCAUAUCUUCCCUCAAAGACGAACAACGGGCCAUCGAGCUACACUUGCACGAGACCCAAAACGAGGCCAAGUCAGCCCUAAUCGAGACAUCACGCCGCAAGGAAUCCGAAAUCGAGGAACUCAAGAACCAUCUCCGGUCAUGUGCCGAGAGCAAAAACGAGCCUUCGAUCACGACGUUGGCUAAUCAAACGGCCAUCGCGCAUGACGAAGAAGGAAAUAAUAAUUAUAAUAAUAAGCGUAAUAAUAAUGGUAAUGUAGAGGAUAGUUCCUUGAGGGAAGUUCCUAUGCAGAGUGUAGAAGAAAGUGAAAAUGGAGAACAAAUGGACAAAGAGAAAAACGAGCACAAAAGGCCAACGAAUACUGCGGACGUAAAAGAAUUAUCGACUGCCAAUCAAGAGACGGGCGCGAGUGACAAUGGGGUGAAAAUGGAAAUUCAAGAAAAUGUCGAAGGCUUUCAGUUUCGAGGGAGACAAAGUUUCUUAAGAAGGUCUAUGGGAACGAAGUGGAAAAAGAUAAACGAAGAAGGAAAACUGGGAAAUUAUUACCAAGGCGAGAAUCGGGAUGCGCUGAUUAUGACCGGCAGCUCGAAUACGAAAACUGCUGAAGAGAGUCCACCAAGUAUUAUGAAGAUAGAAAACAGCACGAAGCCAGUAGAAGUUUCCGGAACAAAUGAGGACCCAGAUGAUGUCAGCGUGGAGAACUUUCCCGAGGGCGAUUUGGUGGGGAAGAAUACAAAUACAAAAUCAAUUGGAAGCCGGGAAGAAGAAGCAGAAAAAGAAGAUCGAAUGGAUGAAUCGGAUAAUAUUUAA